AUGGACACUGGCCGCCGCUGGCCGCGCGCGCGGCACACGCUGCCGCGGCAGCUGGUGGCGCACGCGCGCUUCGCGCUCGCGGACGCGUCGAGGGUGCGCUGCUGGCCGGCGCUGGCGCUGCGGGCGUGGCGGGCCUACGUCAUGGCGAGCGGCGUGGUCCGCGCUCUGCGCGUCGGCGCCACGGGGUUUGUGACGGGCAUGUCUGUCGGCCGUGCCCUGAUAGAGGAGCAGACCUCCCUGCUGAGCAGCGUGCUGUCGUCAAUGAAUGGCCUGCUGGGAUCACCCUACGCGGAGCUGCUGUGGUGCCAGGCGGUUGGGGCGCUGCUGGUGGGCAUGGUGUCUGAGAUUGUGUACUGCUCAGUGCUGGGCGGCCUGGGCGGCCUGGCCUACGGCUUUGCGACGGGCUACGUGUCCGCCAUCCGCGGCAGCGCGCGCCUCGCCGGCCGCGCCGGGUUUGGGCUCGUGUCGGGCGCGGUCUGGCUCGCGUCGCGCGCGCUGCGGCGGGUCGCGACGGCGGUGCUGCGCGUGUGA